AUGGAGUUGGGUAGCGCUGGUGGAGGUGGUGGCGUGGGUGGUGGGGGCAGCAGCGAGGGGAGGGGCGACUGUUUGAGUUCUCACACCAAAAGCCCGGCGGAGUCUGAAUCUUGUGAGUCUGUCCUCGGCCUCCCGCAGGAGUUCCAACCUUGUCCGGCCUCAACCAUUCCGUGCCUGGGCUCCGACUCCGGCCACCGCGCCGAGGAGCAGGUCCUGUCCGAUCAGCUCCUCAGCGACUCGGCGGUCCACGGUGCAGCAGCGGCGGUGGUGCCAUCCGUGGAGGAGGAGGAGGAGGAGGAGGCGGAGCGGGCAUUGCGGGGGGCGGGGGGGAGCGAGUCGGACGGGGACCCGGCGGCGGCAGCGGCGGCCCAGAGCAUCUACGAGGGCCUCGGGGAGGAGGAGACGCAGGACUGGAGCUGCCUGGAGUCGCUGAUCAGCGAGAGCCGCAUGGAGCUGCUGGACUUGUGCUCCCGCAGCGAGCUGGCCGUCAACCUGUUCUGCGAGGAGGACGUGGACAACUACAUGUUCCAGGAGGAGGACACCGCACUGCCCGGCGACGUCUGCUCGCUCAAAAUCCGCUACGAGUCCUUCUCCGACGGCGUCCACGAGCGCAGCGCUGACCCCGACGCCGACGCCUUACAGGAGGCCCAGCAGCACCUGGGCUUCUUCCCGGCGUGCCCCAGGCGGGAGACAUCCGCCGACAAGCCGGAAUCGUGGGACGCGGACAAGGCCGACGCCCUCACGCCGACCCCCAUCAUCAGCCCUGCCAGCCAGUCUCUGUUCGACUUCAGCAGCUCGCCCGGCGAGUCGGCCGAGUUCAGCGACGACGACAGCUCCUGCACGGGCUCGUCGCCGGACACCUGGCUGGCGCGUCGGGAGCACGGCAACCUGUCGCGGGAGAACUCCAGCUCCUCGUCCAGCCAGCUCAGCUACCGGCUCCGCGCCAAGAGGAAGGUGGCCUUCCGCGAGGACUACCUCUACGACGUCGACUCCAUCGAGAGCGAGCGGAACGCCGAGAGCCGCGCCGAGAAGAAGCCCAAGCCGAAGGUCGGGCUGAAGAAGGAAAAGGACGACGACUGGUGCCCCAAGAAGAGACGGAAGUCCCACCGGAAAGACCCGCCGGUCAUCAUCAAGUACAUCAUUAUCAAUCGGUUCAAAGGAGUCAAGCACAUGACAGUGAAACUCGGAAAAGUGGACGCGACGACCACGCCGGUUAGCCUGAGCGCGGACUCCCUCAAUCAGUACGAGAAGCUGGCCCCUCUGAAGGCCUACUGGCAGAGCCAGUCAGAGAAGGAGCAGCUGGCACUUGGCGACAAGGUCAAGCACCUCAAUGGCUGCAAACUAUCACCCGGCAUUGGCCUGAAGAAACGCAGGCACAGGAUGGCCAACCGGCUGAGGAUCCAGCGGAUUCACACCACGGAAAAGACGCCCGCCGCGGACAGCAGACAGGAAGUGAUGUCAUCCCAGAGGAACGCAGCCGAAGCAGACAAGUUGAGGGACAAAAUGGCAGUGCGCGCAGACGUGGUGUCGGGGGGCGUCAUGUCUGCCUGCCUUGGGGGUCCGGGACCCAGAAGAAGGGCGAUGAGGCAAGAGAGUGAAGAGAGGGGAAAGGACAACAAACCAAUCCGAGUGAGGAAGUUCAGAAGUGAGGCUCGACUAAGGGCUAAGAAACUGGCAGACGCACAGGCCAGCCUCAGCGCAGAGAGUGAACCAGCCAAGGCAGCCGGCGUCUGUGGUACCCCGUGUGAGUCUAGCACAAGAAAUCCCCAAGACUCGAAAGUGAGCACCAGCAGUAAUGCACCAGACAAAUGCACUUUGACCUUGAACUCCCCAGGGGGCCCAGCUUCUGCAAACAUGCCCCCCCUCCCUGGAGGCUACCUUCAUACCUUGCUGGAGGCGUCCGAAUCAUCAAACAAUGCUUGCACGUCCUAUUUUCCGUUGUCACAGCAGCAACAGCAGCAGCAGCAGUCCCAGCCCUUCCUCCUCGGGGUGCCAUUUCAGCCUCCUCAAAGCUGCGUUCUCUCACCCCCGUCCGAGUCGGAGCUCCCUCCGUCCCCCCACGGCCACGGCAGCUACCCCGGGGAGAAACAGCAAGGCCAAGGGUACGCCAGCGAGGGCGCGUGCUACGCAGACGCUAACUAUCCCGCAGCGUGGCCGCCUCAGCCCGGGGAGACUCACCAGCUUCCUUUUCCCCCCGCCAUUCCCGCUCAGUCUCCCAUGAUGCACUCUGGCUUUCCCAAACAGGCCUUGCUGACUCCGAACGGGAAUGGGAAAGCCACCGCAGCGGGCUACCAUCCCGCGUCGUCCGUCAGAGACGGCAGAGCUGCGUCCAGCGAGGAGACGCUGCAAGCCGAGCAGCAGCAGCUGCUGGACCUGGAGUACCGGCUGAGCCCGAGCGGAGCUCAGGGGGAAGGCGGUGGCGAUGUCGGGCGUCUGGUCAGCUUCGACUCCCUGGGCUCGCUCUCCGUAGCGUCCAGCAAUUACAGCUCACUGAGCCUGCAUGAGGGGGAGGGCGGGGACGGGGACGAGGGCGAGAUGAGCGACAACUUCCUGUCCCACUGCAGCCCGCAGCUGGUGCUGCAGCAGAGCCUGGAGGAGAUGACGCCGCUGCGGGAGUCCACCGACCUGCUGGACAUCUCCAACUUCACGCCGGACAAGUUCCGCCACGCCUCGCUGUCCGAGAUGUCCCCGCCGGAGACCCCCAGCCCGUCCCCGCACCUCAUCCGGCAAGGUGCGGGUUUCCCCGCCGAGGCCGGAGCCUCCGAGCUGCACUGGGACUGCGGAGUGGUGAGCUCGUCUGAGCUCGAGGACGUGAACGGGUCAAGGCACACUCACCUGCUCCAGAUACAUUCCUUUGGCCCGGACGAGGAAGACGAGGAGGAGAGCAACGGCCUCGGCAAGGAUGAGGAAGGCGGUUUGAAAGGGAAGAAGGGUCUGAAACGGAAAGGCGCCAAGUCGGGACCCAAAAAGACCAAAAGCCCCAAAGCUGCCAAAGGCGAGCAGAGCAAGUCCCCCAGGCAAGAGUCCAAAUCCGCGCGGAAGGUCAAAGCCAUACUGGAGGGGAAGGCCAACAGAGGAAUGGGGGGUUCCCACAGCGCCACCGACUCGCCCUCGGUCGCCAUGUUAGGCGUGGCAGGGGAGUGGCCGGCCGGAGGCGGCGGCUUGUCCGACGACGACCAACAGGAGUUCAAGGAGCCGUCCAACAUCCUGUCCAACAUCGUGUCUGGCAUGGCGGAGGUGCAGCGCUUCAUGAGGGCGUCUGUUGAGCCUCUUUGGGAACCGUGCCCGCCGCCAGGGGAGCAGUCGCUGCAAAGCCAGACGCUGAGGAUUCUGGGAGGGCCGUUUGAGUCUGGGAAGAAGCGGGGUGGUGGCGGUGGUGGUGCCAGCGGGACGGGCCGCGGGAAGAAAGGGGCGGGGCGCGGGGCGAAAAACCCGCCCAAACUCAUCCCCGCCGACUUCUUCCCGGCGCUGGGUCUGGACUGCUUCCCUGUCCCGCACCGCCCGGCCCACAAAAAGAUGUACCGCCACAAGAGCAGCGCCAAGUUCUCACGUGAAGAGCUGGCGCUCAGCAAAGGGAACGCUAAAGUUUCAGCAUUGACAGCGACACUUGAGAAACAGAGGUAACGUUAAGUCACCGGAUUCCGUUAAAUGCCCCCAUGCCCCCACCCCCCACCCCCAUCCACCCCCACCCCUCUAAUGUACACAUCACCCUUCCGAACCUUUUUUGAGCACUCCAGCAUCCCAUGGGAUUCUGCAUGAUGGUAAUCUAACCCCACCAACCCAGACCUAGCCUACCGACAAGCUGGGCUAAGCUAACUAAGCUGCAUGACACAAACACGUUUGUCACAAAGGCCACAGACUCCUGCUCACCUUUCCUGGAACUGAACCACUACAUGGCUGCAUUUUCUUAGGACAUUGCUGCUUAUGUCUUUCGAUUAUAUGAUUUCAAUUUAAGAUUUCAAUUUUGAUUUCAUUGCAUUUUUUUUAAUUUGUUGGUAUGAACAGAAAAUGCCUUGUUAUACUGUAUCUCUGUGUGAUGGUUAAUGUUUUCAUUGUUUUGUUUUUCUGUUACAGCUCUCAAUGUGUGUCUGUUCUUUCAGUGGACAUCUACAUCAAUGCUUUAAAAACAAACAAACAAACAAACAAACAAACAAAAAAACAUCCCAUCUCUUUGCCAAAUCAGCAAGUGGUUGCCUUCAGUUGUUCAAAAGUCAGGGACACUUGAGAGGUUUCCUGUGCUACGAGAUAUUUCCGUCUUUAUCGUGCCAACAGUAAACCUGUUUGGGUUUCUGCAGGGAGUAAGAUGUCUCUUCAAGAGAUUUGCUGGUCUGUUGACUUAAAUCAGCCUGUUGAUGCUGGUGUUUGUACAGUUUUUAACGUGGCAUUAUGUAUCUCUUUCCCCAGUCCACUUAACAGGGUCCACUGGUGAUGUUUGAUGAGCAGAUCUGGCAAGUUCUAGCAUAGAGAAUGUGUCCUGUGUUUGUUUGUGUGUGUGUGUGUAUGUGUGUGGAUGGAUGGGUGUACGCAUGUAUGAACGUGUUUAUUUGUUUAUUAUUUAUUUCUAUAAAGAAUGAUUUAUCGCUGUUGUAUAGAAACGUAUGCACUAUUUACCAGUUACUAUAUGAAAAUAUUGUUUCAAAUAUUGUGCCAAACAGUGAACAACUCACUUCAGACAUUUUUUAUCUACAUACAUUUGCUUAGGUCUUUGUUUUUGUUUGUUUGUUUGAUCUAAUGUUCUGAUGGGCAGGGGACGUUCGAGGGUGCAUGUUUUGAUAUACCUUUUGUCUCUAUGGCGCCACCAGCCUACCGCAGUCAACCUAUGAGAAAUAGAUUGGAGACAAUAUCAUGAAUAUGUUGUGUAUGAAGAAAAGAAUCAGAAACCGAUAUAUUGCAUAUAUAGGACUGUGAUGUUUUGAAAUGGAAUACUGUAGGUGUUAAGUGCCGGAUGGGAAAGUUAACUUCUGUCAUAAUUCCAAGUAUGCAGAAUGGUGUAAAAAAAAAAAAAAAAAUCCUCUCAUUUUUUUAAUGAAAAUGUUUUUUUAGGAGCAAGUACACAUAUCAGGGUUUGUUGCAAGAGAAUAUGUUGUGGCGAGAACAGCAUUUUCACAUGUUUGGUGAUGCAUUAAUCUUAAUGUAGGGUGAUUUACGUGCCAAUUUUUCAGGCAUAACUUGCAUAAUCACACAUGUUUUUCUCUUCUAUAUUCUUUGUUUACUGUGGUUACUGAUGCAUGUUUCUGCUAUCCUGGCAGGUCCAAGUGGGGCUCGGUUUUCAGUUCACAUCUUAAUUUUCUUACUGUAACUGCAUUUUUGAAUGUACUAUUUUUCUUUCUCCCAUGUGUCAGAGUAUGAAUUCAGUUUUUCACUUCGACUUUGAGCUUCGUCAAAAGGUGCCAGUGUCAAACUGCCUUUGAAUGGUGCUGGUAGCAUAGACACACACUAGAACGUUUUAAAAAAAAUGGUAUAUGAUUAGAAAAAGAAAAAAUCUGUGGAAAAAACUCUGAAUUCUUAUUGUGCCCAUAAUUAUGAAUGUAUGAUAUAAUGUUAUGUUUGAUGUACUGCCAUAAUUUUAAAACAUUGAUUAGAAAAGACUCCUUGCCUUUUGUUUCAAUUAAAAGAAUACGGAGCUUUAUCUACAUGUAGUCUUGAGUUGUUGCCACAAUGAUUCUCAAUGAACUCUUGACAUUAAAAGACUUGUAUAUUUUUCCGUGUGCCAAUUUGUAACAUAUUUUCUAAGUGUAUAUUUUUCUUAGAAAGUGCUGUGAAGUCUCUCUUGCUGUGGCUAAGCGUCCUGCCUUUUCAUGCUGUGAAAAGGAUAUCAAAUGCCAAGAUUAUGGUUUCAAAAACCAAAAGCAUUACAAAAAGACAGAGAUGGAGGUGAAGGGAAAUAUGACCUAUGAGCUGAAGCUGUGAAACUUUGUUGAGAAUUUUGUAACUGGACCAAUUUUGUCGUUAGAGUGUUGUGCUAUAGUGUAAAAAUAUUGUUGGAAACAGUCAGAAAAAAAUAUUGACAAUUUGUGAUUUCAUUGCUGUUUUAUAGAUUUUCAUGUAAAUUAUUCUAGUAUUACUUUUUUUGUUGUAACUGGUACAAAAGUUUCCAUAUUUGUGAUCAAGCCUGUAUGGUGAAAACUGUAAUAUUGGUAACUUGAUAAGUUUUGUAAUCAUGUUUAUGGUAUAAAUAUACAAUAAAAAGAGCUUUUGAUCA